GUGACAUGUGUGAGGGAAGUAAACACCUGUCUCUUGUCACACAAUCUUUUAAGAUAGCUACCAAAAUAUGUCUGGAAACAGAGCGCCAUCGGUGAUUACAUAUUUUGAUCAUUCUGGCGAAGGGGAUAUCUUAAUACAAAAUGUAUGUGUACCUAAAGAUCUUUGCCCAAAAUAUACUUAUUAUUGUUGUCUAAAUUGGAAUAUGGGUGGAGUUGGAGGUGGAUACUGUGGAAUACAGUGUCACGAGGACGGAAACUGCUUCAUUUGUUCGUUAUGGGAUCCUCCAGUAGGAACACAAAGGUCGAUAGAAUCAGUUUUCAAGUCUGAAGGAAAUUCUUUUACAGAACGCUUUGGCGGGGAAGGAGAAGGGUUAAAGUACAUGAACUUUGAACACAGAUGGGAACCAGAUCAAUGGUAUACUUUGGUUGUUCGAAGAUGGAACAAGAAUGGUAACACGCAAUUUGGUCUCUGGGUAUAUGAUACACAAAAAUCAAAAUGGAUACGAAUGGUAACUAUGGAUUUUCCAUUACCAGAUAUAUAUUUUUCAAGUCCUGUAGCUUGCUUUGUUGAAGAUUGGCAUGGCAAUGGUGAAAAUCCACGUGGAGCCAAGUACAAGGGUACAUUCAAAAGAAGCAAAGAUGGAUGCUGGGAAUGUUUGAAAAAUGGGCAAUACUUGGUAAACCAAGAAGAUGCUUGUAAAAAGUGGAACAACAAUUUCAGAAUUGAAUCAGUUGACUGUGACGAGUUAAUGAUGCAAACGGGAGGUAGAACGAAACCAGGAUGUGAUGAUGCUAGAGGUCAAAUUUCUAUGGAUACCAACAUAUGCAAGCCAAAAAUACUUCCAGUAAGUUUUGAAGUAGUAAAAGUUACAGAAUCAGUAAUCGAAUGGAACGUAAACGAAUCAAGCACACCACAAUUUUCUUAUUGCAUCUCAGUCAAUGGUUCUGAAAUCGAAUCAGCAAUAGACCCAAGUUGUAGGCAAGUUAAAAUUCCACGUUUCCAGGGAAGUACAAUUGAAGUAAAACUUCAGGAUAUCAUAGGGCAGGAGGUUUCACAAAUUGUUACCGGAUAGAAUCUUGAAUUAACAAUGACAAAAGUUUUUGUUUUAAUAUAAUUGUACAUUGCGGGACAGAAUCUGAUUAUUAUUUAAAUUCUAGUAUAAACUUGGCUAAUAUUCAAGCAUCA